AGGAUUGGUGGUUGAAUUGUGACUUCAGCUGAACAGAAAAAACCCACUUCCUCUUCUCAGCGCAACUUACAGAAGUACACUGAAGAAGUUCACAGUCAGUGUAUCUUCCAGUCAUGUUCAGUUUCAGCACUGCGACUCUGCUUCCUCAAAAACAGUUGUUUUUCUUCAUUUUAAUGGGUCUUUUUGCAGAAUUCUCUGCAGCUGACUACAGCAAUGUAUCAGUGUACAAAGGACAGCUGGUCAUUCUUAACUGCAGCAUAAGCAAAGAGAAUGUAACGCAAAUCAACUGGCACAAGGAUGGAUCUUUUCUUUAUGCACAUUUAUUCUCAGAGAAUCAAACUGUAAAUAAUAUCACAUCUCACAGACUGAUCAUUGACUCAGCUCUUCAAACAGAGCUGAAAAUUUUUAAUGUUGAAUAUGAUGAUGCAGGACUCUACAAUUGUACUUUUGCUACCAGAAAAGGAACAAAGUUUGUUAUAUGGAGUUUAUUCAUAUCUGAAAAACACACCGAUUCCUCAUCACAACAGGGUUUUUUUCUUUACCUACUCAUACCUGUAUGUGCACUACUUCUGUGUGGUGCGACUUUGGCAGUCUGCUUCUACAGAAAACUGAAGAAUAGGACAGAGAAUCUGGACUCGGUUAGCAGGCAGACGGUGGUUUAUGAGGUGCCUGAUGUGUUGAGAGAACAGGUGGACGUAUCUCAGCGUCACGCUUAUACAGACCGCAGAAGACAUCAAAAGCACAGGAGUCAGUACUUUGAGAGGCUCAAUCUCAUAUAUGAGUCAACUUAGCUGCCGAUCAAGAAACACGACAUGUGGUCAGAAGAGGACUGACACAUUGCACAGAAUAAACUCAGUCCUAUUGAGAUAAUGAGUUGAAAGAUGAGCAGUAAUGAUAGAAACAGCGCAAUCUAUUACAAUUUUCCGUUCUCAUAACCACAGCAGUGCUUGUUUUAUCACUGGAACAUAUGUGUGACAUAUAUAAAAAAAAAAAGAGUAAAGACUGUCGAAUGUAAAAGUGAACAAAUAAUCUGUAAACAUAAAGGGGCACAAAGUGUAUAGAAUGUGUUGAAAUAGUUGUCCAGCAGAUGGCAAUAAACACAUCUGUUGUGGAAAAAUCACUAAAUCUGUAUGUAAAAAUAUCUUUACAUACAGAUGUGUGGAAAAAUAUGCAAAUCAGACUACUGAUAUAAAGUUGUAGAAACAAUGUGGGACGGGGGCUUUUAAUAUUAAGUGGUUCAAGGUUCCUUUAUUGUCACUGUCAUGUUUCACAUGCAAAUGAAAUUUGUCAUCAGGACCAGUGGCAUUAUAUCAUAAUGAAAAGAUAGCACUAAAAUCAAGAAUAAAUAAUUGCUGAACUAAAAACAUAUGAAUGAUAAAAUAUGUUAAAAAAAAAAAAUUUGCACAAUCCACCUUCAGUCUAGUGCAACAAUCAAACAAACACCAAGUCAUAAAAGGCCACACAGCAGGCUAAAGCAAUGUAAAGUGCAGUGCUCAAUAAGUCCUGGAGUUGAUUAGUCUUACAGCCUCUGGAUAGAAGCUAAAUUUGGGCCUGGUUGUUCUUGCCUUGAUGCUCCGCAGCCUCCUGCCAGGGGGAAAAAUUCAAACAGUUUCUGGGCCGGGUGGGUGGUAUCAGCCAUGACGUGAGAAUGGAGUUGUGCCCUCCAUUGGAUACAUUUGAGGGCUCACUGUACAAGACACAACAAAGUUGCAGUUAGAGAGCAAUAUGUGCUGCCUUAAAGACAUCUUUUCCAGGUAAAUUAAUGGAUUUUUCAACAAGACGAUGCAAAACCACAUUCUGCACACAUUACAAAGGUAUAGCUGCAGGAGAAUGUUAUGUUGGAACGCGGGUUAGAGGAGCGAACCUGCGUCUGACAAGGACCCAGCGCUAAAUCAACAGAGAGCGGUUCCAGAAAACUGAUUUAUUUACAAGUGCUGUUCAUAAACAAUGUGAAUUAAUGGCCUGGCGGGGUGGAGGACAACGCGCUCCUCCCAGCGCCCAAAAGGGAUUGGAGCCCGACAGUUCUGGACCCAGGAAUUCCCGCCGGCACCCCCCAGGUGGUUAACGAGUCAAGACGGUGCCCGUUAAGGACAAGAGGUGAGGUAAGUCAACACUGUUCACACAAAUACUGUUUAG